AAACGCCAGAGGGCUGAUCGAGUGAACAUGUGGAUUCGAAAUCGAUGUCGAAUGUGUGUUAAAGUAUAAAAAUGAUAACAAGGAAGAUAUUACAGUUUGGAUUAAGGACUGUGUCAUUCUGUAUUAGAAGUUGUUCUUCAAAAGUUCAGCCAGUUCAUUCAUCAGAUUUUGAUGUGAAAACAAAUAAGAAGAUUUUUGAAAAUGAAGAAGAAAGUCUCUUGCGACCUCUGUAUCUGGAUGCUCAGGCAACUACUCCUCUGGAUCCCAGAGUGUUAGAUGCCAUGCUGCCUUACCUUAUAACUUAUUAUGGUAAUCCACAUUCCAGGACUCAUGCUUAUGGAUGGGAAAGUGAAGCAGCAAUGGAGAAAGCUAGAAAACAAGUUGCACAGUUAAUUGGGGGAGACCCAAAAGAGAUUGUAUUUACAAGUGGCGCAACUGAAUCUAAUAAUAUAGCAGUGAAAGGUGUUGCAAGAUUUUAUGGUGAAAAGAAGAAGCAUGUUAUAACAACACAGAUUGAACAUAAGUGUGUAUUGGAUUCAUGCCGUGCCCUCGAAGCAGAAGGUUUCGAUGUUACUUACUUAAAUGUACAGAAAUCGGGACUAAUUGAUUUGAAGUAUGGUGUAGGAGCAUUGUAUGUUCGAAGAAGGCCAAGAGUAAGAGUUGAACCAAUUCAGAGUGGAGGUGGACAAGAAAGAGGAAUUCGUAGUGGCACUGUGCCCACACCAUUAGUAGUUGGAUUGGGUGCAGCAUGUGAAAUAGCUUUGAAAGAAAUGGAAUAUGAUCACAGAAGAGUUGAAGAAUUAGCAAAGAAACUACUUGACAGUAUCAUGAAUUCUGUAACUCAUGUUAUCAGGAAUGGUGAUCCUGAUCAGACUUACCCAGGAUGUAUAAAUCUAUCUUUCGCUUGUGUUGAAGGAGAGAGUUUAUUGAUGGCACUUAAGGACGUUGCACUUUCUUCUGGAAGUGCCUGCACUUCUGCUUCUCUGGAGCCUUCUUAUGUCUUGCGUGCAAUUGGAGCAGAUGAAGAUCUUGCACAUUCUUCUAUUAGAUUUGGUAUUGGUAGAUUUACCACAGAAGAAGAAAUAGAAUACACUGUGAAGAAAUGUGUUUAUCAUAUAAAACGACUGAGAGAAAUGAGUCCUCUCUGGGAAAUGGUUCAGGAAGGAGUUGAUUUAAAAACAAUUCAAUGGACCCAACACUAAUUGUAACAAGUAAGUUAUUGUAUUGUA